AAUUAGCGUCUACACAGUCCUGGAACCGGGAGGGCGUUUGUUCUGAUGGGAUAAAGUUUUCUGCCGAACUAGUCGUUUCUAACUUUUUAUAUAUAAAUAUAAACCCGAGCCGGACCUGAAAAAAGGGGAAAGAUGCCGAAAACGAUUAGCGUCAGAGUCACCACAAUGGAUGCUGAGCUGGAGUUCGCCAUUCAGCCCAACACGACAGGAAAGCAGCUCUUCGACCAGGUUGUAAAAACCAUCGGACUGCGCGAGGUCUGGUAUUUUGGGCUCCAGUACCAGGACACGAAGGGKUUCUCUACAUGGCUGAAGCUCAAUAAGAAGGUGACAGCCCAGGAUGUGAGGAAGGAAAGCCCUCUGCUCUUUAAAUUCCGUGCCAAGUUCUUCCCCGAGGACGUUUCCGAGGAGYUGAUCCAGGAAGCCACGCAGCGGCUGUUCUUCCUGCAGGUGAAGGAGGCGAUCCUGAACGACGACAUCUACUGCCCUCCGGAGACCGCCGUGCUGCUGGCCUCCUACGCCGUGCAGGCCAAGUUCGGCGACUACAACAAGGAGGUGCACACGCCGGGCUAUCUGAGCGGAGAAAACCUGCUCCCUCAGAGAGUUCUGGAUCAGCACAAGCUCAACAAGGAGCAGUGGGAGGAGAGGAUUCAAGUGUGGCACGAAGAACACAAAGGCAUGAUGAGGGAGGAGUCCAUGAUGGAGUAUCUGAAGAUCGCGCAGGACCUGGAGAUGUACGGCGUCAACUACUUCAACAUCAAGAACAAGAAAGGAACAGAGCUGUUCCUCGGCGUCGACGCUCUCGGCCUCAACAUUUACGAGCAGAACGACAAAAUGACUCCCAAAAUCGGAUUUCCCUGGAGUGAAAUAAGGAACAUUUCCUUCAACGACAAGAAGUUUGUCAUCAAACCGAUCGACAAGAAAGCACCUGACUUUGUGUUCUACGCCCCGAGACUGCGCAUCAACAAGCGCAUCCUGGCUCUGUGCAUGGGCAACCACGAGCUGUACAUGCGCCGCCGCAAGCCCGACACCAUCGAGGUGCAGCAGAUGAAGGCUCAGGCUCGGGAGGAGAAGAACCACAAAAAGAUGGARAGAGCUCUGCUGGAGAACGAGAAGAGGAAACGAGAACUCGCGGAAAAAGAGAAGGAGAAGAUCGAGAAGGAGAAGGAGGAUCUGAUGGAGCGGUUAAAGCAGAUCGAGGAGCAGACGAAAAAAGCCCAGCAAGAGCUGGAGGAGCAGACCCACAGGGCGCUGGAGCUGGAGCUGGAGAGGAAGCGAGCUCAUGAGGAGGCUGAGCGUCUGGAGUCUGAGCUGAAGAGCGCCGAGGACGCGAAGAUGGCUCUGCUGCAGCAGUCAGAGAACCAGAUGAAGAACCAGGAACACCUGGCCACUGAGUUGGCUGACCUGACUUCAAAGAUUUCCCUGCUGGAGGAUGCUAAGAAGAAGAAGGAGGAAGAGGCUACAGAGUGGCAACAAAAGGCGACCAUGGUGCAGGAGGACCUGGAGAAAACCAAAGAAGAGCUUAAGAACAAAGUGAUGACGGUCCAGGAGCCCGUCAACACGGAGAACGAGCACGACGAGAACGACGAGAGCAGCGCUGAGGCCAGCGCCGAGUUCACGGCGGCCGCCACCUACAAGGACCGCAGCGAGGAGGAGCGCAUGACCGAGGCCGAGAAGAACGAGCGCCUGCAGAAACAUCUACUGGCUUUGAGCUCGGAGCUGGCCAACGCUCGGGACGAGACCAAGAAGACGGUGAACGACAUGAUCCACGCGGAGAACAUGAAGGCGGGCCGCGACAAGUACAAGACCCUGAGACAGAUCCGCUCCGGGAACACCAAACAGCGCAUCGACGAGUUCGAGUGCAUGUGAUGCGGGCGUUCGCCGAUGCACGGGGGGCCCAGAGCRGGGGGUGGCCACGCUGCCAUGGACUGCUGUCCUGCUUCCACCCCGAGCUGCUUCCUCCGUUUCCCCAAAACCAAUCAGCUCAGCAACAUAUCGUGGCUGCGAAAGCAACGGCACACUGUACAGAACCGGAAAAUUCCAAUUAUUAUUAAUAUUAUUGUUUCUAAAUUAGGUUUUUAGGCAAGUCACUGGUUUUAAAGGGACAUACUGUAUUUUUAGUAGUACAUUCCUGAUAAAGGGGUUUAUGUAGCACAUUAGCUAAGGGCUCCUGCCUCUGUUUUUUGACACGGCGAGCAAGAACUUUUAGUUUCUAUGUAGUUUUUUUUCUGUCACCGUUUUUAUAUCCUGGUUUCAAAAUAAAAGCUUCAGAUGUAAAUUGAAAAGGUAAACUCUGGGCAGCACACACAUUUCUACUGAAUUUCUUCUUCUCCCUCCCCUUUACAUCCAAUAUGGUUCUGUGUUUGAGGAGGAUUAUUACACCAGUAUUAUGUUUAUUUUUUUGCUUUUAUUUGAAUUUUCUGCCAUCUGUUACAAUUCAGACAGGGUUUAUAAUCUCAAUGUGACUUUAAAGAUUUACAAGAGGUUUGGUUAAUUUACAAAUUAGGGUUUUUUAAAUCAAAACCCUCAAUUGACGGAAAAAUAUCAAAAUAAUUCAAAACUAUUGACAAAUAACUUUCCUUUGGCAUAAAAUUUAGUUAAACAAACCCUGGUCAGUUGACUAUUUUAUUUCUAAAUUUGUUUGAAUUGACAAUUGGAUUUACUGUAAAUAAAGUAACAGGARCUAAAUGUAGUCAGUGAUUUCAAUUUUAUUAAAUGAAUUUAGAAGUAGACAUCAUAAUUGGUGGACGUUUGCCGAUAAUUUAACUACCUAAAUCCAUAAUUUUAAUUCAAGACUAAUAGUUCCAUCAAACAAAUAAAAAAAUAUCUUUUUAAAUGUGCACUGGAAGGUCAUAGUUUACUUGAAAAUUAAUCAAAAUGCAGCCAGAAAUGAACAAAUUUUCAACUUUGUGUAUUUUAAACAGAUUUUACUUUGUGUUUUUAUAAUUGGGGUUUUACAGUUGUGAUAAAAAAUGUAUGAUGCCAAAAAAAAGUGUCACUUGAGUUUAUUUUUGUACAACAAAUCCCCAAACUCUUGUCAGAAACAGCUGCUUUAGAGCAUUUUGAACUUCCUGAAGAAUUGGCAGAUAUGUGAAGGAACAAACGGACGAUGAAGGUUGUGUCGAUGAACGCAGAUAUUUGUGCCAUAAACUAAACGAAUUAAAGCAGAAAUUUGUACAAAAUAAAUACAAGCUUCCUUUGGUGCCAUUUCCCCAAAAUGAUUUGUUGUGUCAAGUCAUGUAGAAAUUGAUGUUUUAACAGAUUUAUUUACACAAAUGUAUUUUAGAGAUGGAUAUUUUUGCAGAUUUGUUUUUAUUUUUUUCAUGCCUGUUACUGAAUGAAAAACUUGUACCAGGAUGGGGAUUUUUUCAUCCACAUACAGUCUGUACUCCUGUUUUCCACACCUUGUAUGAACCGUGUGUUUAAAAAGCAAACAGGAAGUGGUUUUUCUGCCUGAAGCGUUGUGUUUCAGCACCAUGAUCGGAGCAAACGGUCCUAAAAGUUGCYUGUAAUGUUUGGAGUCAGAAAAGGACUGAACGAUUGUAAACUGACAGACAGUGCCUUGCCCAGUUUAUUCAUCAGAUCUUGCCUCUUUUUGUCUUUUUCAUUCAUUAAUAAAAGUUUAAAGUGCUUGCUC